CAUGGAGUUCGCGGAGCAGCUGUUCGGAGCCGAGCCGAACUGGGCCGCUGUCAUCACGACCACGGUGUGUGGGACGGGAGCGCUGCUCUUCUUGUUCAAAUGGGUCCGUCAGAGCGAGGCGCGAGCCAGAAUCCAGACCGCCAGGGACCGGAGGGCGGCGAGCCUGCAGCGUGCGGAGCAGGCAGUCCGCCGCUACAGACAGUCGCAUGCCAGCACAGACGCGUCUGUCAUCCUCGCGCUGCCUCUGCGUGAGCUGGCGGAGCGGCUGAAGGACAGCUCGCUGGACCCCGAGGACGUCUUCUACUCUUAUCUGGACAAGGCGCUAGAGGUCAACAAAAGACUCAACUGCUGCACAGAAAUUUUGUUGGAGAGUUUUGAGCAGCUGAAAACUCUCGGUUCCAAUAAAGAUGGUCUCUUGUAUGGAGUCCCUGUCAGCAUCAAGGAAAAUAUUGGAUACAAGGAUCACGAUUCUUCAUGUGGUCUGAACUGGAAGUUGGACCAGCCUGCCUCUGAGGACAGUGUGAUUGUCGAAGUUCUAAAAAGACAAGGGGCUAUUCCAUUUGUGAAAACAAAUAUACCUCAAGCCUUACUGAAUUACGACUGCAGCAACCCCAUCUAUGGGCAAACUUUGAACCCACACAACCUCAACAAGACCUGCGGGGGUUCGUCAGGCGGCGAGGGGGCGCUGAUUGGGGGAGGAGGCUCGGUGCUCGGCAUAGGCACCGAUAUCGCUGGCAGUAUACGUAUUCCUUCCUCCUUCUGUGGCAUCUGUGGGAUCAAGCCCACAGCAGCUAGGCUGAGUGUAAGAGGCGUAGCUGGUGGCUGUCCUGGUCAAAAGUCUGUACAAUCAACAGCCGGGCCAAUGGCAAGGGAUGUGGACAGCCUGGCUCUCUGCAUGCAGGCUCUGUUGUCUGAUCACAUGUUCUCCCUUGACCCCACUGUUCCACCUGUUCCGUUUAACCUUCAGAUGUACCAGAGCUCUAAGCCCCUGAGGAUUGGCUACUAUGAGAACGAUGGCUGCCAGCAAGCAUCUCCAAGCAUGGCGCGAGGCUUCCGAGAGGUCAAAACCCUUUUAGAGAAAGCAGGACACACUUUGGUUCCCUGUGCACCCCUGAACCCCAGACAGACAUUAUCAGAACUGUGUGUCAGGGGUAUCCUUGCAGAUGGUGCCGCAACCUUGCUCAACAACCUGAAGGGAGGCCCGGUGGACCCCUGUCUCUCUUCACAGAUUCUUACGUACCAGAUACCCAACCCAGGGAAGAAACUCCUCUCCUUGCUCCUGAAGCCUCUGUUCCCUCGAAUUGCUGAGGUACUUCACGCCACCACUGGAGUCAGGUCUGUUCAAGAGCUGUGGGCGCAGCACUGUGAUGUCGAGAACUACAGGCAAGACACGAUAGCAGAGUGGCGAAGGUCGAACAUCGAUGUGUUGCUGUGUCCCGUACUUGGACCGGCGUACAACUUCUUCUACUGCGGCAGGCUCACUUGCGCAGUUUCCUCCACCGCGAUCUAUAAUCUGCUCAACUUUCCUGCUGGGGUCGUACCCGUUUCCACGGUGACAGCAGAGGAUGAGGAGGCACUCAAGCAUUACAAAGGCAAUUUUGGAGACCCCUGGGACAAACUUUUCACAGAGGCUGUGAGCGGAGCGGAGGGGCUGCCGGUGGCCGUGCAGUGCGUCGCGCUGCCCUGGCAGGACGAGCUGUGCCUGUGCCUCAUGAGGGAGGUGGAGCAGCUGGUGAAACAGAGCAGGCGGUAGGACAGCACAACAGGCAGGGGGCGCUCUUCACACAUGUGAGAGGAAGUAGACGCCUUUCAUCUGUGUUGGGCUGUAAACUGACUUUAAAUCCGGGUCGGUUCUCUUAAAUUCAACCGGUGAUUUGAAACUUGCUCUGGAAUCAUUAAAGGGUUAUGGGUUUUUUUGGGGUUUUUUUUAAGGGGAAUGAUGGCUCUCUGUAAAACAAUCAUUUGAUUUGCACAUCUUGAAUUGGGUUUUCCAAAGACAUUCACUGGAAAACCAAACAAUUCACGAGUAAGUAGCGCUAAAAGAUUAACGUUUGCGUAAGGAAAUGUUAGCCAGCUCUUAGGAAUUUGCUAUGAUUGCAGCUUAUCUAAAAGACCUCCUGAGGUGGAGCGUAGAAGGAGGAACACUAUUUUCUGGUUUGUAGGCAGUGGGACUAUUUCAGUAACGUGCAAGAUUUAAACAUGUUUAUGUUCGUUGCUGGGCGGCACGGCGGCGCAGUGGUCAGCACGGUCGCCUCACAGCGGGAAGGUCUUGGGUUCGAGUCCUGGGGGGGAAUCCAACCUUGGGGAUCAUCCCAGGUCGUCCUCUGUGUGGAGCGGCCUAUCCAGGGUGUCCCCCUUCCUGCCGCCCAAUGACUGCUGGGAUAGGCGCCAGCAUCCCUGCCACCCUGAGAGUAGGAUAAGCGGUUUGGAUAAUUGAUGGAUGGAUGUUCAAUGCUUAUGAGGAGCAGAUCCUGAGCAGACACUCCAGUUCACCUUUUACACAUCAUCCGACCCAUCACCUGGCAUUACUGCUGCACGCUGCAGCACCACUGGGCAGUUGUGUCCUGCACUUCCUCUUGGUGAGACAAGUUGCAGCCAUCUUCUGAAUUCUUUAACAAGCGGAGGAUAACACGCUGGCUGAAAGCUUGACCCUGGGGGUGGUUUAAACUGACAUCUGAUGGACGUCUGCAGGUUAAAUGUCUGACAGAUACGUAUGCGGGUUUUUAUCUCGUCCCCAGAAGUUGAAGCUGAACUGUUUUGUUUUUGUUUGAUUUAUUUUUGACCCAUCCUUUGUCACUGAGAUAUUUACACUCCCAACCUUUUCGCUAAUCGAGGAAUGACAGGAAGUUUCUGAGUUGUCUGCCUUUCUUCUGAAUCUUCUCAAUCUUCGCAUUUUCACUUGAACACUAUGGAAGGUAUGGUGGAUCACACAGCGUGUACUGUCCUCGACACACUCCAGCUCGGGAGAUUAAGCUCACGUGUUUUUACUGUAGAAGAGCGGGUCAUUGUUCAUGGAGCAAUACCGAGGGAACUAUAUAAAGCUAUUGUAUGAUCAUGGGGAAUUGUGGGAAAUGCUGUUUACCUCUAAUACACAGAUGUGUUGUUUGCAUUGUUGGAAUAAAGUUAAGUGGUCUCA